AUGUCGUUUCAAAUACCGCGAUACCGCCGAGCCUCUUCGCGGUCUCGCUUAAAUUCUCCGCGUACUGCUCGGCGGCGUUGUUGACGAGGAUGUCGAUCCUGCCGUAGGCGUUGGUGACCUCGUCGACGGCUCUCUUGCAGUUCUCAUCGAACCCCAACUCGCCAGGAAUGGCGAUGGGGUCCUUGGCGUCAGGGGUUUUGGCCUUCUUCAGCAACUGGAGGACGUCUUCUGCAUCCUUGUCUUCUUUCCCCUUCACGAACGUGAUGGCAACUGUGGCGCCUUCCAAGGCGAAGGAGUGGCAGACUGCUCGCCUGAACCCUGAAUCGCCACCCGUCACCAGCGCCACUUUCCCCUGCAGUGGCUGGAGAACUGAGGGGUGGGGUCCAUAACAUGUUCUUUCCCAGGCUGAUCCUUCUGCUGUUGGGGAGGGAAAGUCUGAUCGCUGCCACCUGAAGCCAUUCUCACAAACUGACACGAUCUGGAGCUUCUGUGGCUAGCAGGGAAUAGUAAAGCCGGGAGUAGUGCUGUUUUGUAGUAAGUUCUGAACAAUGGGAUGAUUGAUCGAGACGUGGAGACGAUGACACUAACUUCCUAGACAACAACAUUCCCUUUUGUAGCUGAGAAAUCCUUAAAGAAGGGGACUUCUUUAUAAAUGGAAAAAGGCAAGGAUGACACGUGGAGAUGUAGGUGGCAGGAAGCAGGACCGUGUACGUAGUGAAAGAGUCGCAUGCAGCGGACACGUCUGUGGAAACGGGACGCUAUUCUUGGACGUUCUCUCGUUCGAGAUCAGAUCGAGAAGAAGGAUGACUCUCAGUUAUGGUUAGAGAGAAAUAGGCGAAUAUUCAGGGAUGAUGGCAACAGCUCCUCGGUGGUUUUGCAGAAGACGGUGAGAGCGAUUGCAGAGUGGUUGGUUGCUCAUGGCAAAAUGAGUAGGGAACAAGGCCAACUACGCCAACUCAGCAACUACGCCAACUCGAUGGAUAAGUGCGACAUUGGGAUCAACCACACGAGAGAGGGAGUUAUGCUGGCGCCUGCCGGUGUGCGUCUGCAGGAUUUUUGCCCGAGCCCACCGUUCGAUCCCGAUGGCAGGGUUCAGUGGGUUUUCGUUGCU